CGAAGUAAUCAAAACAAAACAAAGUUGAGGUUAUGAAUUCGAAAUUCGCCUUGUGCGCCUUGAUCCUUGUCCCAUAGAUUUAUCCAUAAUUCCAUAUCCAUAAUCCCACACCGAGGCCAUUGUCUCCGUGAGCUAAGUUUGUAAUGAGUUGAUUGCCUGCUCAGGAUGAAUAAGCCGAAGUACGCCAGAAAAGGCUGUAGCUGGGCUGCUGGUCCUAUACCAAAUCCUGGUCCCAACUUGGCUGCUGGCCCUAAAGCACCUGGUGGUCUAACUGGUGAAGAGCUCAAGAACUGGGCUGCAAGAAUGGGAUUUGAGGGUAAUGUCUCGGCUGAAAGUUUCCAGAAACUACUCACCCCACAGAUGGCAGGAAUGUGGAAACACAUUGUGAAACAUGUCAGACCUAAAGAAGAAGUUGAGAUCAUUCGGAAAAACAUUUUACUUAACCAGUUAAGAAAAGACAAAAUGUUGGGGAAAAAUAAAGGAAAAUUCACAAAAAGAAUCAAUCAGAUUUCUCAAAUUGAGACUUUAAGGCAUUAUGAAAACUCAGCAAAUAGGAUAGAGGCCAACAAAGCUGAAAUUAAAUCCUUGACUAGCAAAUGUGAGGAUUUGAAUGCAGAACUAAAACGAAUGGGUAAAGUCCAGAAGGAAACUGAAAAAAAAAUUUAUGAUGACCAAACGAAAAUUGCGCUCCUGCAGGAGAAGGAGGCACAGUUCAGAAAACUUCUCAAAUUAAAAGAUUCUAUCGAUCAAGUAAAAUGGCUGAUGCCUCAACAAGAAACGAAAUCGAGAAUUAUGGGGAGAUUCCAACCAAAAUAUAGUAGUUCACCGCUGUUCCAAACCUCAAACAGAAGCAUCUUGACAGAAGCUCAAACAGCUGACGUUCUGGAUUUGCUUCAUGGUCUUGAUCUUACAAUUAUGGAAGAAAUGGAAAGAACUCCAGCAAGCCCCAGUGAAGAUGAGGAACGAAAAAGUAAACUCCAGAUGCAUAUUUCCAACUUUUCCAGAAACCUCUCUUCCUCAUCACUAUUAGCAGGUUUAACUGUGAAGCUGCAGACAUUGAAUCAAGAAUUAGUCGUUGCUGCCACAUCCCAAAACGUCGGAGAAGAAUAUUCUACACUCAAGAGGGAAGUUGAACUUAGCGGAGGUAAAAAUCCAGAUGAUCAAUUAAAGGAUUUUUGGAAAUUGAUAGCGGAAGAUAAGCAAAAGUUAGAAGAGAUUCAGAACUCAGUAGCGCAAAAACGAGAGGAGCUGAUAAGAAGGAAACAUAUGCUUGUUGACUCAGUUAUGAAAGCAGUCCGAGGACUACCAGAGGAAGAUGCCGCAGAGUGGGUUGACUCCGUUGUCAACUAUUCAUUGGUGACUGAGAGGAUUAAGUUUCUAGAAAAAGAAAACGAUGCCUUGGAGCUUCAAAUCUUGCGUUCAGAAGAUUCAAAGGACCUUUACUUCGAGAUGGAACAUGCUACAUUGGAGGCAGAACACAAUAUUAAAUCUCUGCUGAAAAGCUUAGAAACAAGCCUUCUUCACCUCAAAAAAAACUCUGUGAUGAUUGAUAUUGAAGCUUCCAAGCAGAAAAUAGUAUCAAAAAUUAAAAGCUUCCAAAAAAAAGAGCUGGCUCAGAAAUGGCUUCCUGAUAGUAACAAUCCGCUGUUGAGUUUGAAAGAUUUUAUCCAAUCAGAAGUAUCCUUGCUCGUCAGAAUACCGGUUGAAGCCCUGCAACUAGUUUGCGAGCCACAACACAUCACAAAAAAUGUACCUUGCUUACCCAUGUACACCCCAUACACAGCGGCUCAUUGUAUCCUUAGGAAUGUUCUUGAAAAUUUGUGCUGGCAUAAUAUGUCUAUCAGUGCGCUAGAAGAACUGAUGCCAUCACCUCCAAUAGAGUUCAAUGUGGACCAUCUAAUCGAAAGCACCAAGUCGUUAGAGCUAAACAAUCAGUUGAAGUUGGAAGAAAGCAUCUCUGAAUUUAAAGAAGUGUGCAAUGAAGGAGAACAGAAUAUUCAGCAGGCUACAAAAUUGAUUCUCUUUUUGAAACAACCGCCUGUGGAGAACUUCAUACCAGAGUCUAUGAUAUUAGAUGGCCUCAAUUUCAAUUCGUGGAAGCCAACAAUCUUAGAGUAUCUCAAGGAAAAACUCUUGGACUAACAUAGAAGCCCCAGUGCCCUCUUGUUUUUAAGUAUUAAAUUAAUUUUUACCAGUGUCUUGUUGAUUUGUUAAAGUUUUUCCAAUAUUUUGUAAAUUUUUAUUUUUGUAAUUUUGUAAGAUUGUUUUAACUUGUGACAUUCUUGUUAACCACAAGGUGACUACAGGUCUAAAUUCGACCAAUGUUACUAAAAAUCAGGUAUUUUUUAUAAAACUUCAUUUUCCAGACAUUAUUUUAUGUAUCUCUAUCUACGUCAUAUCAAAUAACCAACAGUAGGACUACAAUUGUACGUAUUCCUAUCAAACAGAACUAUGUGCAGGUGGGGAAGGUGGGGUCUGCUUGUUAGUGCUCAGGCCAUAAGAAUGAAUGAGAAAUAUAAAGCACCAGUGACGAAGCCUCCUUGAGGAGUCGAAACUCCUUGUAGUGGUCAUUAACUCAUGAGCCCUGUUCACAAGGCUCUAGACACAUACCUAUGGCUCAUGGGUGCCGCAUUCAGUUGGCUCACAAUUUCGUUUGCUGAAUUGGAAAAGCAGGAUUUUACAUUCUGUCAAAUAGAACUAUGUGCAAAGUGUAUAAGCCAUAAGCAUGUGUCUAAAGCGUUGUGAACUGGACUCAUGAGUUAAUGACCAGUACGAGAAGGCGGCUCCAUCACCGGCGCUUUGUAUUUCCCAUUCAUUCUUAUGACCCCAGCACUAACGAUCACACCCCAUCAUUCCCACCUGCACAUAGUUCUGUUUGAUAGAAAUGCGUCCAAUUGAGGUGCUGGAUGUGAGAAGGGUUUUUUUGAAUUGCAGUGUUUCAGAAUUACCACUAAUACUUCAUUCAUGGAAAGGGAAGCAAUUGCAUAAACUUCAUUAAAAAAUUUUCUGAAUAUUCUUCAUGAUUCAGCUUUGUUCUGCAAGGAACCCAUUAAAUUAUUCUCUGAGACAUAAAUUAGUGACAGAGACUGAAACUCCACAUCUGAGAAAUAACCUCCUCACACGAAGCACUUCAAUUAACAAGUACAGGGAGAGUCAGAACAUUUUACUCAACCACUGUAAAUGAAGACAAAUUAAGGGCAGAAACUGCUUAAUUCAACCUUAAGUAGUCUAUACUUGGCCACAAAUCGACAGUAAGACUACAUUUGAAAAUUAAAGGAUGACAGGAAGUAUGCAACGUCGCAGACUGAGAUACUUAUUUGGCUUAGAAAUUUCAUUAUCGAAAUGUCAUGACAUGUGAUUGUGUACAGAAUAAGAGAUACUGUUGCAUAAAAAGCAAAUUUUUCAGGAAAAUAAUUCAUAUCAAUAACUGACGAUGAGUAAAUAAAAAUCAAAGUUUUAGUUAUUGACAAAGAAUGCUCUCUUCUACUUUAAAAAACGAGUUGCAAGCGUAGCGAUGGCCAAAGUGCGAGACCGCGUAGCCCCGUUUGUGACGUUGCAGACUUUCACUUCCACUUCCAGUCACACUUAAUUUUUUCCUCGGAAAACUAGUCAACGCAUUAUCAUGACAACUUCAAUCCUUGAUUUUUCUUCUCUGUUAGUAGAAUAAAUUCUGUCUACAUUUCAA